AUAAAUAUUUACUUAUUUUUUUAAUAUUUUGAAUAAAAACUUUGAGUUUUAGUUUUAUUUUGAAACUUGCAACUCAUUGUAAGUGUGGUUCAUAUUGAAUAAAGAUGACUGAUUGUUUUUAAAAUAAUAUGAAUACUAUUGGAAGCUAAUUUAAAUAAAAUACAAGUUUUCUAAUUGAUUUUGCGGUGAUCAAUCAAUUUACGACGGAUAAAAAUGAAUGACGGUGAAAAUGUAGAGUGCCCUAUGAUGAAACGACAAAAGGUCUUUCAAAAUGAUAUGAACGCAGAUGAUCAUUUGAAAGAAAGUCUAAAGGAAUUUCAUGUCUUAGAUGAAGUUGACGGCGAUGAGGAUGUUUCUGAAAAUGAAGAUAUCACGGAUGGUUCCGAAGAUGAUGAUUUUUCGGAAAAUGAAGAUAUCGAGGCUGACAUUGAAAAUAUGUUAGAUGCCGAUUUACCCGAAGAAAUGAAAAGUAAAAGGAAAGAAAAUACUUACGAAGAAAAGUUUAAGACAGUAUUAGACGAAAAAGGGCGUAAUCAUUUUGAAGUACUUCCAGAAGGAUGGCUACAAGCCACCCACAACUCGGGAAUACCAAUUUACCUACAUAAAACUUCCCGUGUUUGUACAACUUCAAAGCCAUAUUUUCUUGGUCCUGGUAGUGUUCGAAAACAUGAAAUACCUUUAAGUGCCAUUCCUUGUUUAAAUUAUCGAAAAGCUCUUGAGGAAGAAUUCAAUCUAUCUAAUGAAUUGCAAAAAAAUAUUGAAAAUGAAAGUUUACCAAAAGACACUGUAAAUAAUAUAUCAAACGUACCGUUACCAUUACCAAACGCUCGAAUUGAAACUGUGAAUGAAAAUGACACUGCGAAAUCACUGUCAAGCGAACAAGUCCAAGAGUAUUGUAAAAAAUUGUUUAAAUUUCGAACAAUAAGAGUAAUGAGAUUCAAAUCGUGGUCUGCUAGACGGAAGUUUACCAAAAACCGCAAAAAUAUUAAACAUUUAAAAAGACCUACGCUACCAGAUGGCACCAAACUUAUCACAUUUCCCGUAGUCAACACUGGAAAUGAAAAUGCUAGUAAUAGUCGGCCCAAAAAAGAAUGGAUAAUGAAUCCAAAUGGUAAAAGUUAUGUUUGUAUUUUACACGAAUAUGUACAACAUGCAUUAAAAAAACAACCGACAUAUGAGUUCAAAGAGUUAGAUAAUGCGGCAACUCCAUAUUCUGCAACCGUCUCUAUCAAUGAUCUUAAAUAUGGAACGGGAUUCGGAAGCAGCAAAAAGCAAGCUAAAAGUGAAGCUGCUCGAGAAACAUUAGAAAUUUUAAUACCGGGAAUGCGAGAUAAAAUCACCAGUGCAGCAAAUGAUAAAGGUUCCAGUAGUAGCUUUUCUGUUGGAAAUGAUUUAUCUGUUUUCGAUGAAAUUAAAAUAGAGGAUCCACGUGUAGCAGAGUUCUGUGCGAAAACAACAGAGCCAUCUCCACAUGCUAUUUUGUUAACGUGUUUACAGAGAAAUUUUGGACUCGCUGAUGUUCAAAUUAAAUAUGAUAUAAAUACAUUAAAACAUAAGAAAAACGAGUUUACAAUGACUGUGGGAAAGCACACAACAACUGUAAUUUGCAAAAAUAAAAGAGAUGGUAAACAAAGAGCAUCACAAGCAAUUCUACAAAUUUUACAUCCACAUAUUCAAACUUGGGGAUCAUUGCUUCGACUUUACGGAAACCAUUCAGUAAAAAGUUUCAAAGAAAAAAAGCAAGAAGAACAAGAAAUUACGGUACUACAAAGCAAAGCUGCAAUAAAUCAACCAAACUAUGCGAUUCUCGAAAAACUAAAAUUAGAAAUGAGUCGAUUGAAUGAGAGAAGAAAUGCAAUUGUUCCUAUAGGGAAGUUUAAAAUAAACACUGAAUUACCUAAAUCUUCAGGGUCAAAUUUAAAAAAUGUUAACCUUUAGAUCUGACUUUUCGACAAUAAAUAAAUUAAAAACUAAAAAAUAGAAAAUAUGCUGUUUAACAUAACACGUAUUUUGACCCCGUAGGGACAAUUUUACUUUAGCUGAAAGUUGAUAUCGGGAGUCUAACUAUACUUGUGAAGCUGUCAUGUGAAAGGAAUCGUGUGGGCACCAUUCUACUCACCCCUUACAUACGUUAUAUUUCUCAAUCUGUCUCCCGUCGUUUGAUGAAAUGCGGUAAAAAUACCCAAAAAAGAAGAAAAAACACAGUAGAGAAAUGAAUCAUAAAAAUUAGAUGUUGGAUUAAGGAUAAUGUGGCAAUUAAUAGCUCUCGAUAUUCUCAAAUGUACUAACUAUGUAUAAUUUAAUUAAUAAAUUAAAU